UCGAAAAUUAAGGAGAUAAGCAGGGGCAGAUCGGUCAUUUUCAACACUCUUACUGGCAUGAGUGUGCAUGACCGAUUGUAUCAACAUGGUGGACCUUCGGCAUUCUUUUUCUGUAUUUUAUUCAUCGAGCCUCCAUUUCUCACGCUACACUGAUUUAAAAAAGGAAAAAGAAAUUGGCGGGAAAACUUAAUAGUUAUUGUGCAUUCAAAACUCCAUGGCUGAAGCAUCUAGUUUCUGGACUCAGGCUGAUGCUUUGUGUAGAAAGAAUUUAAUCUAUCAGAAACGACGGCGGAUGGAGAACUGUCGCCUAAUUAUAUUUCCAGUUAUACUCUGUUUACUGCUUGUUGUUAUGCAAGGUUUAGUAGACAAAUAUGUGAACAACAACAGUAGCGGAAACAAUAAGGACUGUGGUUGUGCUUGUGUGGAUUAUAACCUAAAAGGAAGCUGUAAUAAGAAAAUUUGUGGUUUACACUUCUCAAAUAUGGAUACAUCAAGCAAUUGUCCGAUUCCUAGUCCCCAACACUGGCCUCCUUUGUUACAACUCCCUGCUAAAUCAUGCAGUGACAAAGAGUCCUGUCCCGUAAUCACGUUACUCACUGGAAAUAAUCAGUCUCUUGCGGAAAACGUGGGAAAAAUUAUGUUCACAAGUUCUUUUGCUGUUGAUUCUUCCAACGUUAUGGAUAGUUUAGCCAACAUUGCGCUGGGUACAGAUUCUCCCUCUGAGCAAUCAGAUAUGUUUCUUGAUGAUGCUAUCGACGAGAAUGAUUUAUUUUAUGUUAAAUUUGUCUGUAACUUGAACUCAACCUUCUCCUUUUCCAUUCCUAAUCAGAUGGGAAUUCGAAGAGAGGCAAAGUGUGUUCAAGGUCUGAAUUUGUGGCGCAAUAGUUCUUCUCAGAUAAAUGAAGAGACAUACAAAGGAAAUGAUAUACUUGCAGCAUAUGAUUUCUUUAAUUCCAAUGGGAAUAUCUUUAAUGUGAGCAUUUGGUAUGAUCCAAGCUAUGAGUUUCGGGUUGCACGCUCAGUGAAUCUGGUCUCCAACGCUUAUCUUCAAUUUUUGCACGGUUCUGGUACAAAAAUGCUAUUUGAGUUUGUCAAAGAAAUGCCUAGAGUUGCCACCAAAUCCUACCUGGAUGUUUCGUCUCUUCUUGGUGUGCUCUUCUUCACAUGGAUUAUUCUGCGGCUAUUCCUUGUGGUCUUUAUAUCACUGGUUUAUGAGAAACAGCAAAAAGUGAGGAUCAUGAUGAAAAUGCAUGGGCUCGGUGAUGGACCUUAUUGGAUGAUUUCUUAUGCAUAUUUUCUUGUGAUAUCGUUGCUAUAUAUGUUAGUGUUUGUCAUUUUUGGCUCAUCUGUAGGCCUGAAAAUUUUCUAUAUGAAUGAUUACAGCAUUCAAUUUGUGUUCUAUUUUCUCUACAUAAACCUACAAAUUUCUAUGGGCUUUCUGCUUGCUGCAUUGUUUUCAUAUGUGAAGACUGCUACAGUUGUAGGCUACUUAUGCGUUUAUGGAACUGGGCUUUUAGCUAGCUAUCUUUUCCAAAAUUUUCUGGAACAGACAUCAUUCCCGAGAGGCUUGAUAAUUGUGUUAGAGAUAUACCCUGGUUUCUCUCUAUAUCGUGGUUUAUAUGAGUUAGCACGAUAUUCUUCUCGGGGGAUUGCAUUAGGGAUUAAUGGGAUGCAGUGGGGAAAUUUAAAUGACAAAGAUAAUGGGAUGAGAGAAGUCUUAAUUAUCAUGUUUGUUGAGUGGUUGGCGGUACUUUUUGUUGGGUAUUAUAUCGAUCGAGUUUUAUCAUCUGGAAGCAUAAAAAGUCCUCUAUUUUUCUUGCAAAACUUUGGAAAGAAGCGUCAAUCAUCUUUUAUGAAGCCUAAUUUGCAAAGACAGGGAUCUAAAGUUCUUAUUGAUAUGGAUAAACCUGACAUCAGCCAGGAGAGGGAGAAGGUUGAACAAUUACUUCUGGAGCCAAGCAUAUCUCAUUUGAUUAUUUGUGACAACCUGAAAAAGUUGUAUCCAGGAAGGGAUGGAAACCCCGACAAAAUGGCAGUGAGAGGAUUAACUCUUGCUUUGCCACCGGGGGAAUGUUUUGGUAUGCUUGGUCCCAAUGGUGCAGGGAAGACCUCUUUCAUCAGCAUGAUGGUUGGGCUCACAAAACAAACUUCGGGGACAGCAUACAUUCAGGGUUUGGACAUACGAACUCAAAUGGAUAGGAUUUAUACCAGCAUCGGUGUAUGUCCACAACAUGACUUGCUCUGGGAAACUUUAACAGGAAGGGAGCACUUGCUAUUUUAUGGCAGACUGAAGAACCUAAAAGGUUCUGUCCUGAAACAAGCAGUGCAAGAUUCUCUCAAGAGCGUCAAACUAUUUGAUGGCGGGGUUGCUGAUAAACAAGCUGGGAAAUAUAGUGGUGGAAUGAAGAGGAGGCUUAGUGUUGCCAUAUCGCUCAUUGGGAAUCCCAAAGUUGUUUAUAUGGAUGAACCAAGCUCAGGACUGGAUCCAGCUACAAGAAGAAAUUUAUGGAACGUCAUUAAGCGUGCGAAGCAAGAUCGAGCAAUUAUUCUUACCACACAUUCAAUGGAAGAGGCAGAAGCUCUAUGUGAUCGAUUAGGAGUUUUUGUUGAUGGCAGCUUCCGAUGCAUAGGAAACGCAAAAGAGCUGAAGGCUAGAUAUGGGGGAUCUUAUUUGUUCACAUUGACAACAUCUUCGGAUCACGAGCAACAGGUGGUGAAUAUGGUGCAAGGACUCUCUCCUAAUGCUGAAAGGACAUAUCACACUUCUGGAACUCAGAAGUUUGAGAUUCCAAAACAUGAGGUCAGAAUUGCUGAUGUAUUUCACGCAGUUGAGAUUGCGAAAACCAGAUUCCCCAUUUUCGCCUGGGGUUUGUCUGAUACCACCUUGGAGGAUGUCUUCAUCAAUGUGGCAAAUGAUGCAUAGCCAUUGAACAUAUUUUCAUGAUGGUCGGAUAAAUAUGCAUAUCCAUCGUUUCUAAUCAAUUUUAUUAUAGAUGAAGUAACUGAAAUUUGUAUGCAGCUGACAGCUUUGUCUUUUCGAGGCAUAAUUUUGAACCUGUUUACGUGGCUGUCAUAUAAGGUUUUUUCUCCCUACUAAAAGAUGCAGUUGUUGCUAACCUUUUUUUU